AUGCUCGUCAACGCAUUCUCGCGUACGUCGCGCCAAUUGCGAUGCACACGCGCCUCGCCCAUCCUUCGCCUCCGUGGCUCGCGACAUGUUUCCACUUUGCCAGAGAACCGUCACAUUUAUGUCCAUCAACAUCCCAUGGACCCAAACAAGAAGGUCCUGUCCCUCCUCGCCAGCGAACCACCAACCCUCCAGCUUGCCAUUGGCACCGCCGACUCCCUGCCAGUCACCCCGCGAAACUUCACCACAAACCCACACUUCCUGUCCAUCCUCUCCUCUGUCUUUGCCGAACAUGCCGUCCAUGACUCCUACGUCAAAUCGCAGGCGGCAGUCUAUGCAUCAGCAGGCGGUAGCUUUCUGAGCGGCCCGAAUGACGGCGCAGGAGGCGCAAAUCACCAGGGUGGUGCAGGUGGUGCGAGGCACGGAGGAUGGAUACACAUCAGUGAUUUGAGGAACCCGCCAGAUUAUGGAAGGAUCGCAUGGCCUGAAGACAUCUUCGGAAGUGUCGAGGUAGAUGGCAAUGGGAACUUUAGCGGGGAGAAUGGCGGGUGGCAGGAUAGUGGAACCUACAGAGUUGUGACGCGGGAAGGCAUACUGGGAUUGACCGAGUUCAUAUGGGGAAAAACGGUGGAGAGGCUGCAGGAGCUUGAGAGGCAGAUCAAACAAAACUCAUGA